AUGACAGACUCCUUCGAGAUCAUCAUCGUUCAUCGCAAGCAGGAGCACAAGAUCGAGUCUCUUACCUCCUCCAGCACACUAUCAGAGCUCCGUAAAGCCGUCGAAGAGCUUACCUUUGUACCUGCUGACAAGCAAAAGCUGCUAGUUCCAACAAGUGCUGGCAUAGCUGACCUCAACCGUCGCCACGAUGGAGACAUCAAGAUGGAUCAAAGAACGCUUGCCGACGUAGGCCUGGCUAGCAAGCCUGAGACUAAGCUCAGCGUGCUAGGGCCCUCGUCGCAUGAGCUUGAACAACUGUAUCAAAGCGAGUCCGAGAUGCAGAAGCGCAAUGCUCCUCGUCAGUACCAUCCAAGCAUGCUUCGAGGUGCCAAAGCUCGCAACACCACGCAGCCUGCUUCUAGCUUUUCACCUUUUGGCAAGAUCUACGCUCACCCCAUGACAUCCGAGUCCUCACCAUUGCACGCCAAGAUCAUCGACUACCUAACAAGGCUAAGCCGAGACCCUGGCAUCUUGCACAUUUGCUCUCUGCACAACUUCCGCGUCGGCGCACUCACCGAGCUUCUGCCCUGGGAGCAUCCAAAUUUGCUUGGCUUGAACGAGAAUGCAGGCCAACGUAUCUUGCUCCGCAUUCGAACUGACGACGCGGAAGGAUUCCGAGACUACAAGACUACACGACGUGUUCUCGUACACGAGUUGGCGCACAACAAGGUUACCCAUCAUCCACCCGAGUUCAAGAUGCUCAACAGCGAGCUCAAUGCUCAAAUUGAGGCCUUCCAGAAAGCACAGCAGGAUCGAUCGCACAGGCUGGUAGAGGGUGAUGUGUAUGAGCCAUCUGCUCCGGCACUCUCCUCUGGGAUCAGCAGUGGCGGUCACCGACUCGGAGGCUCAACCAAGAGUGCUAGUCGCGAUGCUGUCACAGCCGAAGAGCGACGUCAGCGGAUCCUCAUGGCCACCAUGCGUAGGCUCGAACGUGAAGAGCAGGAGAUCGAACAGAGCUGUGGUAGUGCUGCCACUGCUGCAUCGUACAAGGAUCGGAAUGCAUCUUCAACAUGCUAA